CCAUAGUAACCGGUAGCAAUCGACGCCAUUGCGGCGAAAUUGAAUGCAAGCCUCGUAUUCGAGGAGCGUACGCGGUCUUCGAGUUCCGAGCGGAAUAAGAGCGCGUCGAUAACGCUUCGAUAUCAAACGGUUUUAGGCGAAUAAUCCCAACUAUAAGAGAAUAUCAGUGUUUGGAGGUUCAGCGAGAAGGAACAGCAGCUUCGCCGGAGGCUGGAAGUCCUUUUGAAGUGGUUGCAACGGUCCUUGGCAGUCCCUGGGCACCCAGGUGACCUCGUGCGAGGCCAGGGUACCUUCAAGCUGCUAGGACAACCCCACGGCCAGCAAACGCGUUUACACGCCCGACUCUCGCGAAGAUGAGUUCAGCAUCGACGGGAGGAACCGAGGGGUCUAGUCCAGCCUCUAGCCCUGCCUCGGCUACGAGUCUCACAAUGGCUGCUCCAAAGUACGGUACACUGGUACCGAAUCGCAUUUUUGUCGGUGGUAUCUCGGCUAACACCAGUGCAGACGAACUAACCGAACUGUUCUCUUCGUACGGCAAUGUGAAAGCUACCAAGAUAAUCGCGGACCGUGCAGGUGUUUCUAAAGGUUAUGGAUUUGUUACGUUUGAAACCGAAGAGGAAGCUAAAAGACUUCAACGAGAGUCCGAGUGCAUCGUGUUGAGAGAAAGAAAAUUGAAUAUCGCGCCUGCGAUUAAGAAGCAACCCUUCAAUAGAUCAUUCGACGGUGGUUCUGGAUCUCCACCCUCUGUGCCUACCAAUGCUUACUACUAUCCGAACGGUAUGGGGUUAGCAUACCAGAGCGGUAUGUUCUACAAUACGACGGCUCCAGCGCCAACGACGCCGAUCGCACCACCGACCGAUCCGGCAACUAUUUAUCAAACCACAGGAGUGUUUGGACCUCAAGCCGCUGGACAUCAAACGUUUGCUCCUGUGAUGUAUCCGUGUCCUGCUCCGUCUCUCUAUAUGCCCCAGCAGUAUCCGUAUUCACCUAUGCCGACAAAUGGUUUGAUGGGAGAAGCCAUACCACCGGCGUUUCUACCCAACCCUCAGCAAAUGCCUACUUACGUCCUUCUCGACGCUAUACAGUAUUGAGGUCUAAAGGUACAUGGUCUAUGCUA